UGUUCGUCUACACUCUAUGGAAGUCGUUGACUACGAUCUCUUCCAUCAUCACGCUUCGCCUUGAUUUCCAUCACUCCCGCACAAGAAAAUCGAAAAAUUCUACCAUGUAAUGUUCGAAUUCCAAUCAGAAACCUCCCAAAUUUCCACAGUCAACGCCCUUCUCGCCGUCGCCGAUCCCAGCGACCGGAAUUUGCAUCUGGGUCGGCCUCUUCAUCGCCAUUUCUCAGAUGGGUCGGAAGCCAAUUGACCAGGAAUCCUCCCGCCUCGCUCUUCCGAUCCUAAUUCUGCUCAGUUUCAUCUUCUGCGCCGCCGUAUACACGCUGCUCCCUCUGCUCCUCAGACCCACCGGCGGCAAUGCUUCGGAAUUCGAAUCCUUCGCGGCGAUUGGAGAUGGCGAUGGCGGAAAUUUGGAAGGAGGGGGAGUGGAAUGCUGCAGAGGAGUCGAGAAUUUGGAGCUCUGGGGGCCGGCCGUGAAGUGGGGUUCUGAAUUUAAGUUUAAUUCCUCCGAGCUGUGUUGUAAGGCUUGUAAAGCUAUGUGCAGUGGGAAUGAUGGGCCUUGCCUGUGUGAUACUUGGGUCUACUGCGGAAAUCGAGAGCAAUGUGGUUCAAAAUUUGGUGAAUGUUGGCUGAAGAAACAGAAGGACACACUGGCUCCUGAUCGUCAGGAAGGAAAUAUAGCAAGUAGUUGGACUUCUGGGCUUAUCUUUGGAAGAGGAGAGGGAAUCAUUGCACUGGAGACCGAUCACGGCACUCUUCAUAUUAAGCUCUUCCCUGACUGUGCUCCCAAUUCAGUUGCCUACAUUCUUGAGUUAUUGUCGUUACGACACUGUGCUGGUUGUCACUUUUAUCGUGCAGAGGGUAGAGGUCAAUCUUGGGACUCGGAAGGAAACCACAUCGAAAAUGCUCCUUUAGGUCCUCCUUUUGCACUUGUUCAAGGAACACUGGAAGUCCAAGGGAUUCCAUUUAAGAAGAUUCCGACUGAAGUUUGCCCGUACAUAAAGCGCGGUUCGGUAGCGUGGGUCGGUUCUGGACCAGAAUUCUUCAUAAGUCUUGCAAACCACCAAGAAUGGAACAAAGUGUACACUGUGUUCGGUUCAGUUCUCCCAGAAGACAUGGAGAUUGCAGAGAAAAUUGCUCAACUCCCUACCAAGCCCGACAUUUGGAACAACAUCAAUGUCACCGUGCUGCAAAAACCCGUUUUGUUGCGGUUGAAAAGAAUGAAGAAGAGUCAUGGAAGUAUGUGAACAUGAAUCGGUUUUGUUCACAGAAUGUUGAUUGAGUUUCUACAAGUUUUCUUUUAGAUUUUUUGGACAUUUUUUGUUGUUCCUCAUAAAACUGUCAUAGUUUUAUACUCAUAAGCUUUAGAAGAAGAAAAAAAUUCAUUUGUGCAUUUGUUUGAAGGAAAGAAACAGUUGAUUAGAAGCAGAGCAGAUGCAGAUGACAAGAAGAUGUUUCAGAUUGUUUUUUUUUUUCUAUGGCAGAUAUUUAUGAUAAUUUCAAGGCUGCGUUGUGGUUAUGUAUGAUAUUUAUGUUUCCUCUCCAA